AUGAAUGGACAAGCGUCCCCGGUGUACGAGGAGAAGAAGCCCUCGCUGCCAGAGCUCAGCUCCAUCUCCGCCAAAGACUCGUCCGCGGGACAAGAGUCCUCAUCCGCGGAUUUCUACAGCAGUCAGAGCGCGCAGGACUUUUACUCCAGCGCGCAACAGGCGUACACGGCGCCGCACAUGAACCCGUACGCGUACCACCACUACAACCUGAACGGCAUGGCUCCAAGCAGCGGCUACUCUGUGGGCAAGACGGAAUACCCGUACCCCCACACCGCCUAUAGGGAGCACAGCGCCUUCAGCAGAGAGUUCCAAGAGAGCGUGAAAGAGGAACCAGACAUGGAGGUGCGGAUGGUGAAUGGGAAGCCCAAGAAGGUGAGGAAGCCGCGGACCAUCUACUCCAGUUACCAGCUGGCCGUGCUGCAGCGCCGCUUCCAGAGCGCUCAGUACCUGGCUCUGCCGGAGCGUGCCGAGCUGGCGGCACAGCUGGGGCUCACACAGACACAGGUGAAAAUCUGGUUCCAGAAUCGCCGCUCGAAGUUCAAGAAGCUUUACAAGAACGGCGAGUUUCCUCUGGGAGACAUGCCCCUGGAACACAGCCCUGAGGCCAGCGACUCCAUGGCCUGCAACUCACCUCCCUCCCCGGCUGUGUGGGGCGAAAACACCCCCAACCCCACCCCCACCACCACCAACAGCAACAACAACAGCAGCAGCAACAGCAACAACAGCAGCAGCACAGGCAGCAGUAGCAGCAGCAGCACAAACAGUGGGGGCGGAGCUAAGAAUAACAGCAUGUUGGAUCCGGCCAAUCGGGGGCAGCCCACCUUCCAGCCGCCCGUGGAGUCUGCGGCCGCGUACAUGAGCGACUACAGCCACCCUCACUGGUACCAGGGGCCGGUACCAGGGGUGUCCAUGGGUCUGGGUCCGGCCGGCUCCAUGCACCUCGGCUCGGGCCCCUCCGCCGCCACGCCGGGCUCUCACAGCGUGGGGGCCGUGUACUGA